GAUGGGAACAGUCCUGAUUCGCAGCUGGAACACUUGUCAGACUCUGGAUCAGAAACUGAAGACAGUGACAAAGACUGGAAGGAGAGCAGGGCCACUGGGUCAGGUGUAAACUGUGUCAGCAACAGUUUCAGCUGCUCUGAGUGUGGAAAACAAUUUCUGCACAAGAGCUCUCUUCAGAGACACAUGACACGUCAUUCAACAGUAAGACCUUCAAACUGUUUGAGUCAUAAGAAAAGUGUCAGAGAGAAGAAACAUGUAGAGUCACACAGAGGAGUCCAGACACAACCCAAAUCAUUUAGCUGUGAUGAAUGUGGUAAACGAUUUACUGUAAAGUCAAAUUUAAACUUACACAUGAGAGUCCACACAGCAAAGAAAACGUUUGUGUGUGAGCUCUGUGGACAUAGAUUUAGCCGGAAGAAUACUUUAAAGGUACACAUGAUAGUCCACACAGGACAGAAAUCAUUUGUAUGUGAGGACUGUGGACAUAGAUUUAGUCAGAAGGGUCAUUUAAAGGCACACAUGAGCGUCCACACAGGACAGAAACCAUUUGUUUGUGAGGACUGUGGAUAUAGAUGUAUCCAGAAGUGUAGUUUAAACUCACACAUGAGAGUCCACACAGGACAGAAACUGUUUGUGUGUGAGGACUGUGGACAUAGAUUUUACCUGAAGAGUAAUUUAAACAGACACAUGAGAGUCCACACAGAACAUAAACCGUUUGUGUGUGAGGACUGUGGACAUAGCUUUAGCUGGAAGAAGAGUUUAAACUUACACAUGAGAGUCCACACAGGACAGAAACCGUUUGUGUACGAGGAGUUGGACUGGACAUAGAUUUAGCCAGAAGGGUAAUUUAAACUCACACAUGAGUACACACAGGGCAGCUAGCUGAAAAAAGCUAGUGUAGCUGUAAUGGAAAAUAUUCCACCAAGGCAGAAACACAUGAAUAAAACAAAAUGAACUUUG